AUGUACUUACAUGUAUAUACGGACGUGUUGUCUGAUAGUGAUCUCAGUAGCUGUGUCUGUGUUGCAGUGACCACUACCUACAGACCAUGUGACUGGGGCAGAUUUGGGGAAACAUGCGAUCAAGGCUGUCCUCCAGGUUGUGCCCUGGGUUCCGACAGAAACACCAACUACUGUCAGACUGACACUGGAACGUGCACUCGGGGAUGUCGGCGUGGUUGGCAUGGCGACCGAUGUGAGAACCUCUGUGGCCGGAACUGCAUUGCGGACUCCUGUUAUCAAGGAAGCGGACAUUGUACCCAUGGCUGCAGAGGGAUAUAUACAGGAGAGUUCUGUGAAGCAGAAACGGGUGAGGGUCACAUUACACAGAUUAUGCACUGGAUGUGGAUGUUACCUGUUGCGGUCUUAAUCUUUUCGACAAUUUGUUGCUGGAAGAGUGCACGAUGUAGAAGGUUUGACAAAGGGUUUAGGUGGCUGAUAAGAAGUGCUCGAUGUAGAAGAACGCUAGACGAAUGGUUUACACGGCUUAUGGGAAGGAAUCCCAGUACUUCCUCAAGUGAUCCGAGUCAGGAUCUUAGCCGAGGCGAGAGAAUGUCACUGGUCCAAGUGACGACACAAGAGUCUCAUCUACACGCCUCGAGUGACCCGAGCCGGCGCAGGAGGGAUCCACGGCUCUCCACUGCUUCCGGCGGGACUCAAUCACAAGCAGACUACGACCUAUUCUACGCCAGCAGGGACGGGGACCCGAAGGAGGUGAAGCGGCUCCUGACAACAACGGGAGUCAAAGUCAACUGUAGAGAGGGAUUCAGGAGUCUGACACCGGUGAUGGCGGCAGCAGACAGGGGACACAGAGAAGUGGUGAAGCUCCUGGUGAAGGAAGGAGCUGAUGUGUCAAUGGUGGACGAGUACGGUUACAACAUCCUUCACUUCGCCUGUAUUGGAGGAGACGUGGAGACGGUGAAGUUUGUGCUGUCUCUGAACGUGGUGGACAUCAACAGUAGAGGAGGGGGGAGCAGGACACCGGUGAUGAGGGCAGCAUGGAGUGGACGCAGAGACGUGGUGGAGCUCCUGGUGAAGGCAGGGGCUGAUGUGUCACUGGUGGACGUGCUCGGUUACAACACCCUUCACUGGGCCUGUCUGGGAGGAAAUGUGGAGACAGUGGAGUUUGUGCUGUCACUGAACGUGGUGGACAUCGACGCCAGGACCAACUCGGCGGACACAGCGGCCGUCAUGGCGAGAGGCUGGGGACAUCAGCGAGUGGUGCAACUGCUGGUGUCCUGUGGCGCUCAGUGACGUCAGUGUCGUGUUUGUGUAAACGGUAGAGGGGGACGUGUUGUUACUGACAGUGACGUGGUGUGCCGUGCACGUCGUCGUGUUAUAUAUUCCCGUAUUUGGUGAGAAUGUUUGUUGUGUUUGAGGAGAAUAAAACUUGAUAAAAAUA